UCGCGCACAUCAUCCCUCGACCAUGGCCAUCCCCUACAACCGAGUGGUCACGGCAACCUCUUCAUUGAGCGUGCGCCGAACCCUGCGCCUCAACUCCCGUUGCCUCCUCCACACCACCUCGGCCACACAAGCGACUCCAGUUCCCCAUCCUACCGUCCCCGGGCCGCCACCCGAUGCUCCUCAAGCAGCCGUCACAUACGCCGCAGACCGCGUUGCGCGGAAGAGACAACACGUCGAAGCCCUGCGACAAUCGCAAGAAGCAAAAGCCAACCCCGCCAAGCCGACAUCCGUCCUGCAGAAGCGCUUUUGGAAGAAUGUAUCGGUGAAAGAGACGACUGAAGGUCUGCAGAUUCAUCUCGACACUCGGCCAGUGCGGAACUCGAAACGUCAGGUCAUCACACUUCCCCCGAGUAAAAGAGCUCUCGCGAGUGCGAUAGCGUUAGAAUGGGACCAGCUCGUCAACGCCCAGCAAGCGCUCAAACAACACUACGUCCCCCUCACCAGUCUGACCAGUCGCGCGACCGACCUGGAAACAGCAGAUGCAGACGAAGGCCUGGGUAACAAGAUCCGGGAAAAUAUCAUCAACACCCUCAUGCGAUACCUCGCCACAGACACGCUCCUCUGUUGGGCUCCCGCGCAAAAUCGAUACUCUCCCGAUCGCCCCGGCGUGAAAUCCCUCCGAGAAAGACAAAAAGACAUCGCCGAGCCAAUCAUUGCUUUCCUCACCGCACACAUCUUUCCCGGCCUCGAGAUAGUGCCAAUUUUGGGCGAGGAUAGCAUUGUCCCCAUCGCACAACCUGAAAUAACUCGACAAGUCAUCCGGGGUUGGAUGUCUCGGUUGCCUGCGAAUGAGCUGGCGGCGUUGGAGAGAGGCACGCUCGCUACCAAAUCGGUCCUUGUAGCCGCGCGUUUGCUGGUCGAGUGGAGCACCGAAUUUGCACACCUUCGAACUUCACAGCAAGCUCCGGACGUGGCAGCGGAGCGAUUUGGCAUUGAGGCGGCGGCCGAGGCGGCGAGUCUGGAGGUGCUACAUCAAACGGCGCAGUGGGGUGAGGUGGAAGACACGCAUGACGUCGACAAGGAAGACUUGAAGCGGCAAUUGGGCAGUGUGGUACUGAUUGUGAGCUAAACCAAUACAGAAUAGAU